UUCGCAAAUUGAACGUUGGCGCGAGCGCGUCGCAUGCACGGAAGAUUGGAAAAUUCAAGUUGCAGUUGCAAAAACUUAAUUCAUAAAUUCUGCAUAGAUCAUCAGCAUGGCACUGCGUGGUGCGAAUGUGAUUUGGUUUCGGCACGGCUUGCGUCUGCAUGAUAAUCCCGCCCUAUUGGCCGCACUGUCCGACAAAGAUCAUGGUGUUGCAUUGAUACCCAUCUUCAUUUUCGAUGGCGAGAGCGCGGGCACCAAAAGCGUUGGCUACAAUCGGAUGCGAUUCCUGCUGGACUCGCUGCAGGACAUCGAUAUGCAGCUGCAGAAGGCUAUCGAGGGACGGGGUGGUCUGUUCAUGUGCCAGGGCCAGCCGACACAGAUCUUUCGACGGCUGCACGAGCGGGUGCGUCUGCACAAGAUCUGCGUGGAGCAGGACUGCGAGCCCAUCUGGAACGAACGCGACGAGUCAAUAAAAAGCCUUUGCCGCGAACUGAGCAUCGAGUAUGUGGAGAAGGUGUCGCACACUUUGUGGGAUCCACGCACGGUCAUCGAUACGAACGGCGGCAUUGCGCCGCUAACCUAUCAGAUGUUCUUGCACACGGUGCAAAUUAUUGGCUUGCCGCCAAGGCCCAUGCAUGAUCCGAACUUUGAGGGCAUUAGCAUUGCGCAGCUGCCAUCGGAGUUGCGCAGAGAUAUCGGAUGCUUUGAGAAGACACCGACGCCGGAAGACUUUAACAUAUACAGCGAUAAUAUGGGCUACCUGGCCAAGAUGAACUGGGUCGGCGGUGAGACACAGGCGCUGUCGCUGCUCGGUGAGCGCCUCAAGGUGGAGGAGCACGCUUUCGAGCGGGGCUACUAUCUGCCCAAUCAGGCCUUGCCCAACAUUUUGGAAACGCCCAAGUCGAUGAGCGCCCAUCUGCGUUUCGGUUGCCUGUCGGUGCGCCGAUUCUAUUGGAACAUGCAUGAUCUCUUCAAGAGUGUGCAGAUGCGCGCCUGCGUCAGAGGCGUCCAAAUGACGGGCGGUGCGCACAUCACCGGACAGCUGAUCUGGCGCGAAUAUUUCUACACGAUGUCGGUGAACAAUCCGCAGUACGAUCGCAUGGAGGGCAAUGAGAUCUGCCUGAGCAUACCCUGGUCCAAACCGGAUGCCGAUCAACUGCAACGCUGGCGCUUGGGCCAGACGGGCUUCCCACUGAUCGAUGGCGCCAUGCGGCAGCUGCUCGCUGAGGGCUGGCUGCAUCAUACGCUGCGCAACACGGUGGCCACAUUCCUGACCCGUGGCGGUCUCUGGCAGAACUGGGAGCUGGGAGUGGAGCACUUUCUCAAGUAUCUGCUGGAUGCGGAUUGGUCUGUCUGUGCUGGCAACUGGAUGUGGGUGUCCAGUUCGGCAUUCGAGCGACUGCUGGACUCCUCGCUGGUCACCUGUCCGGUGGCUCUAUCCAAACGUCUCGAUCCUAAUGGCGCCUAUAUCAAGCAGUACGUGCCAGAGCUAAAGAACGUGCCCAAGGAGUUCAUCCACGAGCCAUGGCGUAUGUCAUCCGAGCAGCAGGAGCUCAACGAGUGCCUCAUUGGGUUUCAUUAUCCGCAGCGCAUUAUUGAUCUCUCGCUGGCCUCCCAGCGAAAUACGCUGGCUAUGAAGGCGCUGCGUAAUUCAUUGAUUGAGCCGCCGCCGCAUUGCCGACCCUCCAAUGAGGAGGAGGUGCGUCAAUUCUUUUGGCUAACAGACUGAAGAGAACAACAGCCAAUUAUUAAUCCAUGUGUAUCUGUGUUUAAAUACCCUAUCUCUUAUAUAUAUCUAUGUCUGUAUAAUAAAAAUGUGGUUUAUAUGUCAUUAAUAA